AUGUUUAAUAUUUAUUGGAUCUUAACAAUCAGUAUCACAAUAUACCUAAUUGUGCUUUUUUUGAUAAAUUUGAUACCCAAUGUAUCAAUUAAAUAUGUGGGGUUUUUCUCUUUAAGAGGUAUUACCAUCAAUACCAGAAAAUCAACCAUAUAUAUCAGCAAAAUUUCUUUACGAUUUAAUUUAUUUGAAUCAAACAAGGAUUCAGGAUUUAAACUUGUCAAUCUAGAAAUUGUUGAUGUUCAAGUAACUAUAAAAGAAACAGCAGGACCGGGAUCAUCGGCACUGAAAUUGAAGAUCAAAAAUGCCAUUGAAAAUAUUUCCCUUUCUGAGAAAUUACAUUUUAAAGUACCAAAUUCACUUUAUGAAUAUUUAUUAAAGACAAGAGUGGCCAAUAGAAUUAAUAUCCAUGUGUUUCGUUGUGCCAUAACUCACCAAAAGAUUCUUCAAGAUCAUUCUAUAUUUCUUGACUACACCAGAUUCAAUGUCAAUGUGGAUAAAGACAACAGUACGCGAGUGACAGUGAUUUUAUUUAAUGGUCUCAUCCAAGACAAAAUCGAUCGACUGAAUAAGAUAAACUUGUUUAGAAAUAUCGAGUUCUACGUAAACUGCCAAACCGUUACUUCGUGUGGAACAACAAGAUCCAAUGCUGUAUCGAUCUAUUUGUCAGAUUUUAAAACUUCAUUGUCUAUUGGGAGAUUGAACGUACCAUUAGAUCUAUUUGUCAAGUCUCAAUCCAAGAAAGAUGCUGGUAAUGUUGAGGACGACUUGACCAACACUAAAGUAAUUGAUGUUGCCAAGUAUAAGAAUUUCAUUAAAGAGUUCAUGUCAGUUUAUUCAACUACCGAAAUCAGAUUAGAGGAUUUGACAUUAUCUCAUAAAUCAAUGAGAACUAAUUUAUCCAAUUUUGUGCUAACACUUGAAAAACUCGAAAAAGACAAUGGCGUGACUAAUCUUAAAUUUAUGUGGUAUCUCACAUCAUUCAAAUUCUACCACAUCGAUACCAAAUGUUUUGAAUUACCAUCGGCAACAUUCUUUUAUGAGCUUUGUCCUAUCCAAUUCUUAACGGUAGCUCAAUCAUUACUCCGCCAUGAAAAGAAUCCAUCAGAAACAAUCAAUUUUGAUUUCAAUUUGACCAUGUCAAAUCCAGUGUUUGACAUUUAUUAUGAUCAACAAGAUAUUGUUUUGGAUAUACUACGUGAUAAAAUGAUGAAAAGGAGAAUGAAUACUAUGAGAAAAGCUACUGGAGUUCAAAAGAAGGAAGAAUUUUUCACCAAGAUGUCUAUUGCCUCCAAAAUGCUCAAGGCUGUUUUUAGUAAACUUGUUGUGGUGGACACAAAACUUAACCUUCAUUUACCAGAGUUUGGUAAAACUGAAGUUGGGAAGUUUAACCGCUUAUCUAAAUCCAAUUCAAUUAUCACUGUGGCUCUCCUGGAGUUGAUUUUGAAAGUAUUUACUAGAAAUAUCAAUAAAGGAUCAAACAAGUUCACUUUGAACACUUUGUUUAAGAUGAAAAAUGUGAAAUGUGAGGGCCAGGGUAAUAAGUUUCAUUUUACUAAAGUCAAUCUUUUAGCCACCUACAAUAUGUUACAACAAAACGUGUCAAUCAAACUUUCAAGCAAGAGUCUCGAAUUGCUCUCUGCUAACGAUCUUAUCUUUCACAUUGUACGUCUGUUUAAAAAUCGUCAACGAAUUUAUUUCAACAAGAAAUUUGAAGAAUGGAAAAAGAUGGACGUUAAUAAUGUAUGUCCAUGGAGUGAGCAAAUGGACAAUAAAUCUGGAGCUCCUGUAGCAGAUACACCAGCCAAUCCUGAGUUUAUAAAAUUAUUUGAAGUUCUUCCAUCCUUUAUAUCGUCAGUGAAAAUUGACAUUUCUAGCAUUGUAAUGGAUAUGGUAUGUAAGGAGGGUUUGCCAAGUCACAAGCUAUAUGAUGAAAAAUUAGGAAAAGAAAUUGAUUUAAAAGACUUUAGAAGAGGUAUAUCUUUCAAGGUUUUUGAUUUUUCUGUCACGUACAAACUCGCAAGAAAGCAUUUUGAAACCAGUGUUGCCCUUUUAAAAGCCUUCACAUUGAGUGAAUACGCCUCCGAGUACAUUGAGGAUUUUGAUAAGGUCACUGAAGUACAAGUCAGUGAAUCUGAAAUAAGUGAUUUAUCCAGUAUUAACUCAGCGGAGUCUAUACCCUUAAAUGAUGCCUCUCCUUUAGAGCUUGAUGAGUCUAAUACUAAGAAAAUAAAAACAGUCUUAACUGUACGGGACAUCCUUGUAUCCAAUGCAGGAAAACUGGAUGAAAAGGAUCCAGACAGAUUAACUUUGUCAAUACCAGAGGUUGAUGGUCGAGUGGACAUGUUUCUUGUCUGGUGUUGUUUCUAUGCAAAGACAAUGUUGGAAAGAUUCAAGCCUACUGUAGAAAGCAGUUGCACCAAGAACCAAAUUAAAAUUAUUCGUGGACCAAGAAAGAAGUUGAAGCUUGAUGUUCACCUUGAUUCUGUGGCUUUAGUAAUCCGAUUACCCCGGAAAGUGGAUGUUAUGAUAGAAAUCGACAGAGCACGCUUGAAGAAUGCAUUGGUUUUGAAGUCAGCAGAUAUAGUAAACUGUCGAUUAUACGUUGUUGAUCCAAGCACUAAAUUCUGGGCCAGAUUGUUAAUCAUUAAAGAACCUAAGUUUAGUAUUGAUUUCACCAAGUCGAUACACGAUGCAUAUUUUGGCAUAUCCACCAGAUCAAUCAGAAUUAGUGUCCCCAACAGAUUUUUAUUUUACACUGUUAUUGACAAUUUCAUAACAUUUUUCAAAGCAAUAAAGCAAUUGCUGCAGAAUUUUAGAUAUUUUAAUUGGGGAAUUGACGAAUUCGAAACCAUCUAUCCAUCACAAAAAAAUGCAAUUGUUUUCCCUCAUGUCAAUAUCAAAACUGCAGUAUUGGGAAUGGAACUACGUGCGGAUCCUUUUGAAAAUAAAUUAGCAUUGAUAUUUGAGCUAGGAAAAAUCGAACAAAAGGAACGUAUUAGGAAAUGGAAAGCAUUUGAGAAAAAAUCUCAAGAGAUACUAGAUGGAGCCGAAAGCAAUAUUGAAGAUCAAAUUGAAUUGUCAAAUAUUGCUGCACCCAUAUCCAGCCCUGCGCCUAUUGCUUCCAAGACUACUACAAGUACGAUGACACCAAACGUUGCUGGCGAUUCCAUUACUAGACCAGACAGUCCUCCUAGAAGUGGAUCCUCAGAAUGUUCAUUUACCAGUGGGGCAGGAUUGAUAAAAAAUAAACUCUUGAAUAGAAAGAAACCAACAAAGACAAGUGUUAAUGGAGUAGCUCCAGUGAAUGAAAUAGAACCAGCAGAUGCAAAAUAUACUAUAGAAGAAGCCGAGGAAAGAAUUGCUGAAGCAAAAGAAAGGUUAUUUGAGAAUUUCAGCAAGUCGUGGUGCAGAAAAUAUAGAGUUUUUGAAGAAACCAAAUGCCGUAAAUGGAAAGAAAGAGGUGAAAACAUUUGGGGUUCCCAUGAUAUUAAUGAAGUUAUGAAGGAAAAGUAUGACAUUGUAGAGUAUGAUCAUGGCAAGCCUUUAACUGGAGCUAUAUUUAGAGAUGUUGACUUAACAUUGGAUAAAUUUAAGCUAGGAGAUGUUGACAAAUUUUUAUAUGACUAUGCUAAACAUCAACCAAAGUUGACUUAUUCCAUUUUGUGUCCAAUGUAUGUUGAACUCAAAGCCAGGAAGUUUUAUAUGAUUUUGAAAGAUUAUCCACUACCAGUAGCUUCAUUCCCACGAAGUAACACACCAUCAUCACCAACGAUCCAUAUUAAAACCAACUUGGUCAUUCAUGAAAAAUUGUUUAGUAGAAAGGAAGAAUUGAGAUAUAUAUAUGUUCCAUUUUCCCCUGCAGUUCCUGAUGAUGGUAGAACCGAUAAUUUUUACUCAGUAAAUAUACCGAGAACAUUAACGCCUGUUAAAGUAGCAGCUGAUUUCAAUUGUGAUUUAAAUACCGAUAGAUCCUGUACCAUUAGUUGGUGUAAGUCUUAUCAGCCUGCUUUUUCGGCAAUGGCAAUGGCGUUUGAAAAUUUUACCAAACCUGCUAUUGAUGACAGCCCCAUUGGAUGGUGGGAUAAAAUUCCACUUAUUGUUCAUGGUAGGUAUCAAUUCAAUAUUGCCAACGAAUUGUGUCUUCAUAUGAAAAGUGGGAGAAACCCACACGAGCUUAUUGGCAAGAAUGCUGGCUUUGUAUUUUGUUGGAAAAAUAACGUCAAAUUAGUUAUUGAUGGUACUAUUAAUAGUAAAGAUUUGGUGGUACUUGAAAGUGAUGAUUUUAUAUUUGCCAUUCCCAAUUACUCCAUUGAAGAGAAGAAUGUGUGGAGUUUAUUUUACGAUGAUUUCGAUGACCCUGUUCCUGAUAUUGAAUUGGAAUCGAAAAAGUUUAAUAAAUAUGUUAUCAAAUUGUCGUCUUCAGAACGAGUACGUUGGGUGUUAGGUAUGCUUUUUGAAAGAAACAAAUAUCCAACUCAAAAAUUCUCUGAUGAAGAGUUGAGAGUGUCAACUUUCAAACCACACUAUGAAGUUAUGAUCACUAAUCCAGCUAAUGAAUUCCAUCCGGAUUCUUACGAGGGUUAUCGUUCGGACUAUGUUCAUAUGUCACUUUCUGUGAUAUCCCGAGCAAAAACUGGAGAGACAGCUAAUACUGCUUAUUUCACUCCUUUGUCAUUCCAUCACUUUUUUUACUGGUGGGAUACUUUGUUGCAUUACUCGCCACCUCCUAUCAAAAGAGGAAAAUUAUUUGAAAUGGAUCAGGUCAAGAAACCUAAGAUAAAAUUUGGAACACACAUGUUUACAAUGAAGUAUCAAUUAAUCUUCAACCCGGUGACGAUUUCCCAUUUGUACAGACAUUCGACGAGUGAUGUACCAAAGAAAAAUAGCAGAGUUGCAUUUACUGGUUUGAAAGGAAGAUUUGACGUAUGUGAAAUAGACUUGCAUCAAAGAAGAGAAUAUGUCACUCAUGAAAACAAGAAAUUAAAUCGCAAAACAAAAAUCAGACAUUUGAAAAUGAAUCAAGCUGAAGUGAAUAUUGAAAAUGCCGACGCAAGAGUUAUUUAUGCGUUAUUCAAUGAUACUUCUGUAACUGGUAAAUUGAUGACGUAUUUGAAUGCUGAUUCACUGGAUUCAUCAACUGAUGGUUCACAAUCUCUGGAUUAUCGUGGCUCAUCAUAUCUGAGAUGGCUUGAAAAUGUGGAGAUAAGUGAUGGUGAUUUUUCGUGGUAUGAUCCAAAAGAUUUCAUUGAGUUAGAAGUUAGGGAACCAUUGUCCCCAUACCCUAAAACAAAGAUAUUGCCAUUUUUCGCGACACCAAAGUUCAGUUAUUAUAGGGAAUUUACAUUGCAAAAGGAUGGCCCAUUCCCAUUUGGUAGUGAGAAAAUUCAUGAUUGUAUUAUGAAUUUGGAUAAACCUGCUAUAGUACAAAGUCGAAUUUUACUAGACCGUCUUCAGAAUUUGGAGGAUGAGUUAGCUCAUAAUGAGGAAAUGUUACGUCGAUUUAAAAUUCAAAAUGGUCCUGAGUUCCAGCAUGAUAUUCGAAUGACAGAGCAAGAGAUUUCAACGUUGAAAGAAAAAGUUGAAGUUGUUCGUGCUGCCUAUAACGGAUUCAGUGAUGAUGAAUUUGGUGGUUUGCCGCUGUCUUCUGCAAAUAAUGUUGCUGAUGAUGAUGAUGGUUCAAGUUCAUUGCUGAGAUCGAGCACUGGGUUAUCUGCAUAUUCAAGUCACGUAACACAGGAUCAAAUGCUGCAGGCAGCUGCAUUUGUUUCGAUUGCCGAAUUUCACAACCGAUUCAUCUUACAUAACUUGACUUUGAAAUGGGACGACAAUAUUUCUAAAUAUUUUAUCAGUUACAUGAAACGAAUAGCCGAGAGGAAAAGUCAUAUUUACUACAUGACCAAAUAUGCGGUUGAUUUAGUUGAGAAAGUUAUGCAAGAAAACGCAAAAGAAGGGGAACCCACCUUGCAGCCAAGAGAAAAGGUGUUUCAAAAGUCUUUUAAACAAGCCGACAAUAUCGUGGAUAGUUUUGAAGAUGAUCUAGAUGAAGUCAAAGAUUCUGAAAGAGAAGAACCUGAGUAUAAAUACCUCGUUAAAUUGAUACACCCACAGAUCCAAAUGAUUAGCAGAAAAGCACCAGAUUCUUGUGUCUUGAUUAGUUCGAAAGAUCUCGAGCUUCGGAUAGUUGAUAUUAACAUGAAAGAUAGAGUGAAUAUUUUGUCGGAGAAUAAUGAGAUGACAGCUAGAAUAGAAAGAAGAACUGGUGUGUUGUUUAGAGAAGAGCAAUUAUUUGUUUUACAAAGAGAUGAAGUGGUUAGUAAUGCCAAGCUGAAAUUUGCCAAAAAUGGAUACAUGUCCGAUAAAUACAACUGGCCACCGUGGUUUGAAUGUGAAGUAUGUUAUGAUGGUUCAUGGGCACACGAGUAUUUGGUUUCUGAAAAAAAUACUAUAGCCAUAAUACAAAAGUCCCCAAAUCAGUUGUUUAUUAGCUCAGAGAAAUUGGAGCAAGGAAAUGAACUUGUUGUUUACCUUUCCAAAUAUGUCAUUAACGCAACUUCUGCACAAUAUUCGAGUAUUUAUUAUGUCAUAACAGGGUUACUUCUUUCAAACGAUGACAAAGAGAGUAAUUAUAAUGGUCGUUUGCAACGGUUAAUGGACUUGGCGGAUGCAUCUGAUUUUGAAGGAUUAGAUGUCCGUGUGCAUAACUUACAACAAGGUAUACGAGAUUACCGAGAGUUAUUAUUCAGUUUUGAUCAAAAAGGUGCUGAUUUAAACGAGGAACAAAAGAAAUAUUUGCAUGUUCUUGAAUUGGAAAUGGAAAGACUGAAAUUGGAAUUGAUUCUUAUUAUGAAUGCAUUGCAAACCAGAAUUAAAGCAACAUCACAGUUAACUAGUAAAUGCCUUCAAAUAUUGGCUGAUCAAGUGAUUUGGCAUAUGCUUGACGAUGACAGGGAACCAUUUAUUGAUUUUGCCUUGGCUAGCACUAGGUUUAUUAAGCAUGAAGCUGGAGAUGGGUCUACUGUUAACAUUCUUGAGAUUGGCAUGGUACAAGGUUUCAAUUUGCAAGAAGGAGCCAAAUAUCCUCAAUUAUUGGGUCCUGAUAUUAACGAGGAGAAGAAGAAAUUGGACAGUUGCCAUAAUGAAAAGCCCAUAAUCUCCAUGUCUUGGACAGUGUUAAAUGCUGUUGGUGGGAUUCCUAUAAUCAAAAAUGCCAAGUUAGAGACCCAACGAUUGCAGUUGGAGUUGGAAUAUGCUACCGCUAAAAAACUUGAAAGCUACUUGUUCCCUAAAGAAGCAAAUACCGAGGAUACCGAUGAGCAAGAUGGUGAUGAGUUUGAUGACAUAUAUGUUAACAAUCAACAAAACAGCAUGUCUGAUAGUACUAGUGAUAUUGAGGUGUCAAGUAACGAUUCGGUCUUGUCCAGCAAAAACCCACUAAAGAGACUUAUGUCAAAGAGAAGCAAUAGACUGCCAAAAUCGUCAUCCGAUUCAGCAACUAGUUCUCCACAACAGUCAUUAUCUUUGAAUUCUGGUGUUAGAAGUUCAAAUAGCUCGGCUUUAAGUUCAGAUGAGAUAUCGUUUGGUAGUGGCAUUAAAUUAAACCGACCACAAUUACAUCUCCCCUUGCAAAAGAAAAGAGAGCAACAACAUGAAGAAAAUGAUGAUGAAAUGGAAGUUAUAAUAGCUCGAUCUUUGAAAUUCAAAUCGUUGAUUGAUAUUGAAAUUGCUAAUUUCCAAAUGAUUAUAAGUUUUUCAGCACCUAGUACAUUGCAUUUACUUGAUGUUCAUCGUUUGGUUAUAAAUAUCCCAACUUUGAGAUAUGUUAAUAAAAUCUGGUCUGCUAAGGAACUUACAGAUCGGUUGAAGAAAGAUGUAAUCAAGGUCAUUUUACAGCAUAGUGGUAAGAUAUUAGGUAACAAGUUCAAAGCAAAGAAAAAGACAAAAACCAGUGAACCGUUGAAACAGAUAUCAAAUUAUUCCAAAUAUAUGACGUUGGAUGAUUUACAGCAACAUGGACGAGAACGAGACAGUUCCACAGUUGAUCAUGAAGUACAUCGAAAACCAAGGACUAGUCAUAAAUCUGGUUCCAGAAUGUCAAGUAUUGGUCGAGUUCUUUCACGUCAAAGUGUAAAUAAUAAUAAUUCUACUUUUGAAAAGUAUUUGGAUGAUGUUGAUGGUUCUGAUGAAGGUGCUGGUAUAGAGGAGAAGUAA